AUGCUGCGGCCCGACCUGAUCCUGUUGCCCUCUCCGGGCCCAGAUACUCCCGCCAUCAUCGUCCCGCCCGCCCCCGGGACGGCAACCGGUACAGUGCAGCUAUCGUAUAGGCGACUUGACGGACUUGUGCUGCAUGCCCAAGAAUCACUCGCUCGACUGGGUAUCGCUGCUGGUAGUCGCGUCGCCGUCGCUCUUCCCAAUGGUCCCGAGUUCGUCGUCGUUUUUCUCGCUCUCGCCCGCCAGCGAGCCGUCGUCGUGCCCCUCAACCCAGACGCCAAAGAGGCUGAACAGAAGCAGAUGCUUCGACGCCUGCAGCCGCGCUGCGCCAUAGUCCCCGACGAUGAAUUUCGGAGGCCAAUGACCGAUGCGUCGACAGCUUUGGGCAUCCCGGUGAUACUUUGCACUUGGGGCGACGACGUCCAACAGGUUCUUCUCCGACACGAUGCGCAAGGCCACACCCCUAUCUCUUCGGCCGCCGUGGUGACGCCGGAGGAAGUCCGCCCGGAUGAUGUCGUGCUCCUCCACUACACCAGCGGCACCACGGGCUUGCCCAAAGCCGUUGGCCUGACGCACGCCGGGAUACUCGCAUCGGUCCGUAUAUUGGUAGAGGCACACUCUCUACUCCCGACUGAUCGCGCCAUGAUUGUGGCGCCCUUCUUUCACGUCGGAGGCACGUGCAACUUUUGGCACCAGUUCAGGGACUUGGGCGCCACCUGGUACCACGCAGUGCCCACCAUGCACCGGUUGCUCUUGUCCUUUCCGAGGCCAGUCGAGGGGUUGUCCAUCCGCUUCGCGCGGUCGGGCGGGAGCAUUCUGGAAGGGUACGGCAUGACGGAGACGGUCCAAGCCGUCUUCUGUAACCGCCUUGAUGGCUCGAGCCGCCUUCCCGGCCACUUCCCCGUACCUGAUGAACUGGAAGUCAAGAUUCGCGUACCAGACGGGAACGAGUCGUUUCAGCUCACCAGUGUACCUGGGUGCACUGGUGAGGUCUGUGUCCGUGGUCCUUGUGUCAUCUCAGGUUACCUAGACGACCCCGAGACCAACGCCAACUCCUUCCACGAUGACUUCUUCCGGACGGGUGACCUGGGCAGCCUCCGCGCCGACGGCCGUCUCCAUAUCACCGGGCGGACCAAGGACAUGAUCAACAAGGGUGGAGAGAAAAUUAGCCCACUCGACAUUGAGCAUAUCGUUCUCGCACACGAAGGUGUUCAGGAGGUCGCGUGCUUCAAGGUGGCCGAUGACACAUACGGAGAGGACAUCGACUCUACUCAAAUCCUCUCGUCGUCACGACCAGCUCCAGUUCGCCUGCCCACCCAGCAGCCCGACGCCGCCAUGUCGCAUCUGUAUCCCAAGGCGGAUACCCUCCGGGGCUCCGUCUACAGCCCCAUGGGCCGGCCCACGCCGCUCCAGGCCCGCCCGGAGCUCUACGGCGCCUUCUCCAUCGUCGACAACGCCAAGGACAAGGCGCACAAGAUCGGCGACGAGGCCACCAAGGAGUUUGAAAAGGUCAGCGCAAAGGCCCAGGCCAAGGCCGGCAAGAUUGAGCUGUACACGGGCAAGUACUACGCCGCCUGCACCUUUGGCGGCAUGCUCGCAUGUGGCCUCACCCACACGGCCGUCACGCCGCUCGACCUCGUCAAGACGCGCCGCCAGGUCGACUCGAAGCUGUACACGAGCAACUUCCAGGCCUGGGGCAAGAUCUACCGCGCCGAGGGCCUGCGCGGCAUCUUCACCGGCUGGAGCCCGACCUUCUUCGGCUACAGCGCGCAGGGCGCCUUCAAGUACGGCUGGUACGAGUACUUCAAGAAGACGUACUCGGACAUGGCCGGGCCCGAGGCUGCCUACAAGUACAAGACGGGCCUGUACCUGGCAGCGUCCGCCUCGGCCGAGUUCCUCGCCGACAUCGCGCUGUGCCCCUUCGAGGCCGUCAAGGUGCGCAUGCAGGGCGUCAUCCCCAACCCUUACACGGGCACCCUGCACGGCAUCAGCACCGUCCGCGGCAAGGAGGGCUGGGCCGGCCUGUACAAGGGCCUGUACCCGCUCUGGGGCCGCCAGAUCCCCUACACCAUGAUGAAGUUUGCCUCGUUCGAGACCAUUGUCGAGAAGAUCUACGACCGCCUGCCCGGGCAGAAGAGCGACUACGGCAAGGCCGCCCAGACGGGCGUCUCCUUCACCGGCGGCUACCUCGCCGGCAUCCUGUGCGCCAUCGUCUCCCACCCGGCCGACGUCAUGGUCAGCAAGCUCAACGCCUACCGCGAGCCCGGCGAGGCCUUUGGCAGCGCCAUGGGCCGCAUCUACAAGGACAUUGGCUUCGGGGGGCUCUGGAACGGCCUCCCCGUCCGAAUUGUCAUGAUUGGCACCCUGACCGGCCUGCAGUGGAUGAUUUAUGACUAUUUCAAGAUCUUCAUGGGCCUGCCCACGACGGGCGGUCCUCCUCCGCCGGCGGCGGAGCAGAAGUGA